CAGAAACGGAGUCGAACAUGGCUACAAUCACAUCGCCAUGGGCACUGGGCAGUUGGAUGAACAACAGAUGCAGGGUUAGGGUUGAACGUAGACAAUGGAUCAUGCGCCGAUCUGUUCGUAAAUGACGGCACCUCGGCACCUGGACACCACACCGAGUUGCAUCUGAACUCAUCCCAUCAACAGCCCGCAUCGUGCAGACUGUCAACCAUCUCGCAUGCUUCUUAUUCAAGGAGAUAGCACAGCAUCCCAUCUGUAACGACAACGUUUAAGCCCAUUCUCAAGGCCGUUUUCGCCUUCGUCUUGUGUCCCGGAGGCUAUCGUUCCCACCACCGGAACAAAGGAGGGGCAGGCAGAUACGACCAUAGCUCACCACCACUUACCACCAUUACUGCCACCAGGACUCGACUGUUACCAUUCUAUUUUCCAACAUCCUAACCAUCCUCACCAUGACCACCAACAAAAGAGACCACCUCCCCUCCCUCCUCCUCCUCCCCUUCCCUCCCCACCCCUCCAACCGCACCCUCCUCAACGCCGCCUACCGCCCCUCUCUCACCGCCGUCCUCUCCAAGCUCAAACACUCCAACCCGCACGGCGCAUCCAAGCUCAUCGUCGCCGUCGCCGUCCCCAUUCUGCAGGGUCCGCCCUACCAGCUGCGCUCCAAGACCUUACUCUGGUCGCAGGCGCAAUCGCUCGUUGCGGGCCUGUACGCCAUCAUCUCGGUCAUUUGCGCCCGCUUGGGGAUCAGCACGGAGAUUGACGGCGGCGGGAAAGGGUUGUCGGUGGAUGCUACGGUGGUGUUGGUUGAUCAUGAUCGGGGGCGCAAGCCACUGAGCGCUGAAGACAAGGCGCUGCGGAGGGAUUCGAGGAGUGGUAGUUUGAUUGAGACGAAUAAUACCGUGGUGGUGGACUUGGCGACUUUUGCGGAGGCGUAUCAUCCGUGGAAUUACAUCUUUCAUGUGCGCACGGAGCAGGGGAUCAGGUUGAAUGAUGUGUAUCUGCAGAUGGCGGAGGGGAAGAUGAUUGGGGCGAAUGCGAUUAGGCAGGAGCAGCUGGUUGGUGUGGAGGGGGGGUUGACGUUGAAUCAGGGGCUUGUUGGAGAAGACAUGGCGGGAGAGAAGGGGGAAGGAAGACGGGUAUCGGGCGUGCCGGUGGUUUGUCUAGGCGGUACCUUUGACUAUCUCCAUCCGGGCCACAAGCUGCUCUUGACCGCGGGCGCUUUGCUCUUGGGAGUGCCGAGCAAGGACGAGCUGUCGCUGCCGGCUACUUCCCCCAGGCGACGCGAGCCGUGCAAGUACAUCAUUGGCAUCACGGGCGAUGAGCUGCUCAAGAACAAGAAGUUCGCGGAGUACGUGCAGUCGUGGGAGACGAGGGCGCGGAACGUCAUUUACUUCUUGUCCAGGCUUCUACAGCUCUCGGAUAAAGGGUGGAGGGAGGCCACGGGCCCGGCAGCUGGUGAGAAUAACAUCAACACGGCCGUCGCGGCGGGGGUGCAUAUCGACGAGAAAGACGGGGACUUCCGUGCGGCUUUUAGGGAUGGCACGAUCAUCGUGCAAUGUGUGCGGAUACAAGAUGCCUUUGGGCCAACGAUCACGGAGGAAGAUAUCGAUGUGCUGGUCGUGUCAGGGGAGACGCGGUCGGGUGGAAAGGCUGUCAAUGACAAGCGGGCGGAACAGGGGUGGAAGACGCUGGAGGUUUUUGAGGUUGAUGUGUUGAAUGCGGAUGAGAUCCCAGAGGAUGUGGGAGAAGAUGUCAAGGCUACGGAGGAUUUUACGUCCAAGAUUAGUAGUACGGUUAUCAGGCAGCAGAAGGCGGCUCAGGCUACGGGGAAGAGCGAAGCUAAGAUUUGACUUGGCAAACACACAUAUAAUAUACACAUACAAUAUACACACACAAAGAGACGUGAGAGAGGGGACCUGGGCGAGUUGGUAGCCGCGGGACAUGAACCGAGUGGCCGGGCAGUCGAUCAGGUCUUGGGCCAGACAGGCCUUUAUAUUCGUAGACGAUAUGGUAUGAACCCAAUGGAUGUACCGAUCACGAUCAUAAGGACAGGUGCUUUGAAGGGGCAUAGAGAGUAGCGUGUCCUUUGAUAGGUAGUUAAAGUUUCAUGUGGGCCGAAAGUGAGUAUAAUGAAGGUUAGAAGUUUAAAAAGCUGACGCUCAAUACACGCAUCAAGGUUACCAAAAUCCAAGAAUCAAAC